AUGUGUGACAUGCAGAACAUGCCUACCAGAGAUGAUGCUUCUUGUGAGGAAGACUCGGAGAUGAAUUUCGCAGCAUUCUCCACAGCGAGUGCUGCGGGCACACAUUAUGUGACCACCACCGGGCAGCUGCCGGUCACUAAACUACAGCAGAAUGUCACCAGCAAUGGAAGCACGUUGCAACAAGUGGUGGGCAUGGUGGGCAACGACGGCGGCGUGCAGUACGUGCGCGCGGACGGGCUGCAGGCCGGCCCGCAGCUCAUCACGCUGCCCAUCACGCUGCCCGGGGCCAAGCCGGGCGACCCGCAGCAAACCGUCCAGAUCCAGGUGCUGAGCCCCAACAUCCUGCAGCAGCAGCAGCCCAAGUACCAGAUGCAGAUCCCCAUCCAGGGCUUCCAACAAGGCGGCGCGGUGCUGACGGUGGCGUACUCGCCGGACAACAGCGACACCGGCAUACAGGUGCUCGGCAACACGCUGCCUGAAGGGCUGCAGGUGCUAGCGGCGCUCCCGCAGGACAUGCAGCUGGUCCAGCAGAUGCAGGACAACAAGGAGCAGAUCCAGCAGACCAUCCAGCACCAGGUGUUCAUAACACCAAACCAGCAGAUAGUGAUCAACGGCCCCGAGGACACCAAACUGAACAACAACAACACCAUCACCAACAACAACCAGGCCGUCACCAACAUCGUCAUCAAGGAGGAGUGCGACGACAACGCCAACGAUGACAGCUCGCAGGGCACGGAGUCGAGCGAGACCAUGCAGUGGCAGAUCAGCAGCACGCAGCAGGACCUCAUCAAGUACUUCAACCAGUUCCAGCCGCAGCAACCAACUCUGCCUGUGUCCCUGCAGCAGUUCCUCCGGAUCAACCCCUCGGACAGCAAGAAGGAGCCCGCCGUGGAUAUUGAGGUGCUGCCCAUGGACCAGGACAAGGAACCCAUGGCCGAGGCCGUGGUCGGAGAAGACGGCUCCCUAAGAAUACAGCCGAAGAAAAAAAAGAAGUACAAAAAGAAAACUCCGAAACCAGCUCGGCCCAAGCCGGGGCAGGUGGUGAUCGCCAACGCGGCCGACGGCUCGCCCAUCUACUGCUGCCCGCAGUGCCAGAUGGCCUACCCAGAGAAGGAGCAGCUCGAGAUGCAUCUCUCCGUGCACGAGAUCGAGAGGCGGUUCAUCUGCGGCAUCUGUGGGGCCGGUUUGAAACGCAAGGAGCACUUGGAGCGGCAUAAAUUGGGUCACAACCCGGAGCGGCCGUACGUGUGCGGCGUGUGCCGCAAGGGCUUCAAGCGGCGCGAGCACCUCAACCUGCACACCGUCAUACACUCCGGGGUCAAGACCGAGGUCUGCCCCGAGUGUGGAAAAGGUUUCUACCGCAAGGACCACCUGCGCAAGCACAUGCGCUCGCACGAGAGCAAGCGCGCGCGCGACGACGCGGCCGAGGGGGGAGGGGGGGGAGUCUCCGCCUCCUCCACCCCCACCCCCGCGUCCUGCCCCUCCCCCUCCCCCAGCAACAACACCAUCCUGCCCGAGAUCACCAUACACGUGCCAACGAGCUCGAACAUGCAGCCGGUGCAGAUCAACAUCCCGCAGCACGUGGUGUCGUCGCUGCAGGCGCAGGCGGCCGCCGACACGCACGCCGCGCAGGCGCAGCUCGACGCGCUGCUCGCACAGGCGCACGCGCACUCGUGA